AUGACGGCAACCAUCGACGACCUCCAGCGACUUCUGUCCACCGACUCGGGUCUGACCAGCAAGCAGCUCGUAUCCCUGUAUCUCGCACGAAUUUACCGCCACGAUGACUAUCUGCGGGCUGUGAUUUCCAUCACGCCCCAAAACCUUCUUCUACAGCGCGCCCAGCAGCUCGACGACGAGAGGAGAGGCGGUUUGGUCCGCAGCCCUCUUCAUGGCAUUCCUGUCUUGCUAAAGGACAACAUUGCCACCAAGCCUGGCACGGGCCUGGAUACCACUGCGGGCAGUUUUGCCCUGGUCGAUUCAAAGCCGCGUGAGAAUGCCGUACUCGUCGACAAGCUUCUCGAUGCUGGCGCCAUUUUGCUCGGGAAAGCGAGUCUAUCAGAGCUGUCCUGGUGGAAGGGGUCGCGCUUAAUCUGUGGCUGGAAUGCCGUUUACGGCCAAGCACAGUCUCCUUAUGUGCGGGGUGGCCUUCUCGCGGAUGAUACGUUUGCUGGACAUAGCAACCCGGGGGGUUCUUCCUCUGGCUCUGCCAUCGGCGUCGCCGCCGGCUACGUCCCGUUUUCCAUCGGAACCGAAACGUUUGGAUCUCUCAUGCUGCCCGCUGGACGUGCAGCUUUGUAUUCGUUGAAACCCUCAAGGGGUAUCGUAUCCACAAAAGGGGUAGUUCCGAUCUCCCGAUUUUCCGACGCGCCAGGUCCGAUGACAAAGACCGCAAAGGAUCUAGCUUUCGUCAUGGACGUGCUUGUCGAUAAAUGCAAGACUCAGGUUCCUAAAGGAGGCUACAUUUCCCGGGUCACGGGCUCUUGGAAGGGGCUUCGCAUCGGCACGCUAGACCCAGAGGUUUGGAACUUUGGCACGCAAGCCAGGAAGGUGCUUGACCCAUCCAUGGAACAGCAGCUGAAUGACCAGGUCCGCCAUGCGUACAUGGAGAUCGAAAGACACGCUGACGUUUUCCACAACAACAUCCCGAUGCCCUUAUCGUCGACAUUGGAUCUCGACGGGGAGUCUUGCCUCAUGAAAAUAUUUGAAAAAGACUUUCAAGUAGAGUUCGAGGCAUACUUAAGGCUCUGCGACACACCAAAAAUCACGACCCUCGGAGAAUUGAUUCAAUUCAAUAGAGACCACUCUGACAAGGAACUUCCACCCGGAAACUCCAAUCAAGAGAUGCUAGAGAGGUGCUACAACACCAACAUAACCGAAGAGCAGUAUCUUAAGUACAUUGCACACGUCGAGAAGUAUGGUCGCGAGCUAGGUCUGAACGCGAUCAUGGACAAGUACAACCUGAACAUCAUCAUCGGGCCCCUCGAGUGCGACCUGGGGAACUUUGCAGCGAGCGCUGGCUAUCCCAUUGCGUCCAUGCCGCUUGGCUAUCUGGACUACAACGGCAGACCGCACGGUCUCGGGGCGGUAGCUCGUGCCCAUGAGGACGGUCUCCUCAUUCAGCUGCAGAGCGCUUUCGAAAAGACAUUCCCCCAGCGUCGCCCUCUGAUAAACGUGUGA